CACGAAUCAUAAUGAAUUUUAUUUAAUAUACGCAAAUGUAUGGAUAAAAAAUAUGAAAUUUCUUAUACGAUUUGUCAAAUUCCUCAUAUAUAGAAACAGCAGUACGAAACGUAAAAUUGUAACAUAUGAAUAUAUGAGUAUAAUCUUAAGCCAUGGACUCUAAUAGAGAUUAAAUAUUAUUCACAAACCUUGGUGUAUACCAUCCUUAUUACAUUAUUUGUCUCUACAUGUAGGAGAAACUAUGUCAUUCUGUUGUACUUGUUAUCUGUUGUACUUCUUAAUGUAAUUAUUUAAAACGACAUUUCCUUUAAUCAUCAUAUGUUGCACUUUGAAUAAUUAUCCGGAACAAUCGUGCGAAACGCGAAUCAUGUUUCCAUGGUGAUGUUUCUCCAGUUACGAGUCUGUAUACGCAUCAGGUCCUUCUAAACAGUUACAUAUUGCUCUAUAAUAUUGUUCUUUAAUAUAUUUCAUAUAAAAUUUAUAAAUAAAACAAAUAAAUGGCGACCGCGAUAAAAGAACGUACAAUUCCGACUAUAGAUACGCUGGUAAAAUACGAUACUCCGGUUUUAAUCACGACCUAUCCUGAAAAGAUACGUAAAGAGCCAACUCUGACCAAAGUUAGUACAACUGUUUGUAAAGUGCAAAAAACGAUUCCAGCUGAUAUACGACAAGAAACUAUCGAGAUUUUAAACAGAAUUUUGCCACCGAAAGAAUGGAAGGAAGACGGUCAGAUAUGGUCUCAAAGUAUUUCAAGUACUCCCGCAACAAGGCUGGAUGUGAUAAACUUGCAAGAGCAGCUUGAUAUGCGAUUGCAACAAAGACAAGCUAGAGAAACUGGCAUUUGUCCUGUUCGCAGGCAACUCUAUACACAAUGUUUUGAUGAGUUAAUACGACAAGUUACUAUAAACUGCGCCGAACGUGGAUUACUCUUAUUACGAGUAAGAGACGAAAUUAAAAUGACACUGGCUGCAUAUCAGACAUUGUAUGAAAGUAGUAUUGCUUUCGGAAUGCGUAAGGCAUUGCAAGCCGAGCAAGGUAAGGAAGAUCUGAUCAACACGGCGGAAGAGUUACAAUUGCAGAAAAUCGAAUUGGAGAAGGUGGUGGCAGAGUUGAGGCUCAAAUUCGAUCAAGCUGACAGAAGAUCAGCUGAAUUGAGGGAAGCGGAAGAAAAAAAGCAUAUGGAAGAGGUGCAGUUUCUUAAGAAAACGAACUUGCAGCUUAAGACUCAAUUGGAAGGUAUCAUAGCACAAAAAAAAUAGGAGACUGGAAAUAGAAUGGAAAGAUCAAUAUAAUUCAAAAGAAUUUGCACGGCGAAUUACAAUAUUUUUCUAUAGGUAUACGUAUCGCAUUUCUAUGUAGAUUACUGAUAGUUAACCGCAAUUUAACAUAGGAUAUAACCAUUCAAGUAAGAUUGAAAAAGCUAUGUAAAAAUUCAAUAAAUACACACUUUACAAAUAAGUUCAUAAAGAUUUAUUGCAGCGAUAGUUGCAAACAGAUGAAUUGUUUUUAUCUUAUCACGCAUAAUCACCUUAUUAUUCUUUUCAAUAUUAAAUUUGGCAAAAUAUCUCAUGUGAAAUAUAUCACUAUUUCUUAUUGAUUAGAUUUAUAACUUCAGCAAUGGAUUUGUAGAAAAUUAAUAUAAAAUGUCACAAAUUGUUACAAUAUUUUUUCUUUUCAUUAAUUGUAAUGCUUAACUAUGAUAUCUAUAGAAAAAACAAACAAUUAUAUUCUAUAUUCAUUAUUUUUC